AUGUCUCUUGUGGAUUUUCCGACCGAGCUGUUGGUGCAAGUUGUGUCAUGUCUCGAAUACGCGUCUGACCUCUGCGCGUUCUCGCAAACCCAUCCACGCUUUCAUCCUUUGGUCCAAUCUAGCCUUGAACAGUUCCUGCAAAAAGAGUCGCCUCGUCAUGCUUUGUUGCAUGCUGCAAAAAAAGGCAAUGGAGCCGCUGUGCGCAGAUUAUUGAAGCUGGGGGCCCUGUUUCCUGAGCAUUUCAGUCCCAACCUCAUGCAAGCUCCCGGGGACCCGAUGGCAUUGGCCGCCAAGAAUGGACAUGCAGACGUUGUGAAGAUUCUCCUGGAGCAUGGCCAAGAUCCAUGCGUAGUUAGUGGAUGGUAUGAAGAUAAAGAAGAAGAUACCUUUCCUUCAUCCCGGUCCGAGGCAACCACGCGCGCUAUUUGUGAGAACCCGAUCAUGCUGGCGGCCAGAAAGGGUCAUGAGUCAGUUCUGAAGCUCUUCAAAGACCAUGUGCCCAAAAAAGCAUACCUUGAUGUUGAUGUCGGGACAGCCAGGCUACAAACCUGGGAAGACCCGUUGGUAUGGGCAACCUUCAAACUGAACAUUCCUAUCAUGAAGCUCCUGCUUGAGUACGAUCCCGAGAGUGCCAAUAAAUGCAGUUCUCGUGGCAGUACCCCUUUCCAUGCCCUCGCCUCGGCAUCACCGACCAGUGCUCGUUUCGAUGAAGCCUUUGAACUUUUGAUUCACCACGGCGCGCUCUCUUGGUACUUACGGUGCUAUGAGCGCUUAUUUCGGUAUGCAAUUGAAAGAAAGAACACUCGAUUCAUUGAACUGAGCUGCAACUAUCUGAAACUGAACAUGCAGCAGCCAUUCGACACCGCUUGGCUCCUCAAGAUGUUCGAGGAAGCAGCCCGGACAUGUCCCGAGAUGGCUGCUGUGUUCCUAAGUUAUAUUGACACAGAGCAAGCUAUGCUGUUCAACGACGAAGCACGAGCCAUGCUUUUUGCCGGAGCUGCCGCUGGCGGCUUUGAGGAUCUUCUCAGACGGCUGUUCGAGACCUAUCGUCCUUUCCCACCACGAGAAGACUCAUAUCUACCCCUCAUGGGUCUCGGUAUUUUGUCGGGAAAGGUUGAGAUUCUCAAGAUACUACUCGCAAACGGGUUCGACAUCAUUAUUGGGCCUAUGUCGUCUCCGCGACCACCCCGGCCGAUCGAUCGCUAUGGCCGUGAGAUCGUUCUAUCCCCAAAGCAAAAUAUACCGAUAAUUACGGCUCUUUUGAACCGCCACCACGAGCUUGUGGAUUUUCUGGUUGAAAGUGGCGUUGAUGGACCCCUUGCGGAACGAGAAGGACCACAGUUGCUUUUUGACUUGGCACUCGGCUUGGGGUAUUCUGAUCUUGCUCAAAAGCUAUUUGACAGAGGGACGGCUCCACCAAUGGAAGAUAUUGCAUUUGAGGACCAAGGGAAUUCGAUCAUUAUGGCAAUUGCUGGUGGCGAAGAUUCCUUUGAAACGCUUUUGGGGAAUGGUUUGACACUUGAUCCAUAUUCUCAACUCCAUGUAAAUGCCUUCCUUUGGGUCGCUUCCCAAGCAAAUGUUCCAUUCCUCGAGAAGUUUUUGGACGCUGGGUUCAAAGCGGACAUGGAACAACUAGAGUUUGACCAUUCUUGUGUAUCUCUCCACCAUGAGGACGGGCUCACUUUGCCUCUUCUCUAUGCGGCCCAUGCAACGGACAGGGCCAAAGCUGAAGCUGCCGUUGAUCUUCUGCUCAAGCGUGGAGCGUCGAUCAAUCAGCCAACUGGCAUGGGCUCUUGCAGCGCGCUAUAUGCAACAGCCUCUGGUUCAAUUCUCCUCGCCAUGGAACCAUUGGUCAACCGGGUCGAAUACAUUCUUCGGGACUGCACUGAGGACAAACAUACUAGCCUGCGCAGAGAGGCACCGGAUCCCGCGUAUCGUCGACACUUGGGAGUCCAGGCCUUACAGCUCCUCUUGAACAAAGGAGCCAAUCCCCUCUUUUGGAAUCAGCAUGGCCGAUCACCGUUGUGUAUAGCAACAGUUUCAAACGAUAUGGAGAUGGUUCAAGCUUUGCUGAGCUCUUUCGAUCAGCAAGAUGUGCCGUUCAGUGCCAUUGAGCCACAUCUCCGUCUUGCCGCCUCUAUCCGCACUAUGCACCCAAGAGCCAGAUACAGAUACAACCCAAAGGUGUCUUCUCGCCGACGACUCGAAAGAGACCUCGAACUUGAGAACUUAGAGGAGGAUCUCAAGGAGCGGAUGAUCGAGGAAAACCUUGGGAAUUUCGGUGGAGAAGAAGAAGAAGAAGAAGAAGAAGAAGAAGAAGAAGAAGUUGAUGAUAACGAUGGUGAACAAGAUGAGAAUGAGGGCGAGGACUCCUCAGAAGAGGACGAAGACGGAGUAGCCUGGGUCGAUGACGAAAGCUGGCGAGACUUCGACGAAAUGGAAGAUGAGCUAACUGCCGAAAUUGAGGAAAGAGCUUUCGCAGAAAUGGAUAUGUAUGCUGUUAUCGAAGAGGCCAGGCUUGGAGAACCACGAGAUAUUGAAAAACGACGUCGAGAAGCUCAGCGAGAGCAGAAACGCCAGCUCCGGAUCAAUCGAGACACCGAAAGGCUCAUAUGGCGUUAUUACUGGCGUCAUGUAUACCCCCCACCUGCAUGA